AUGACGACACAAUUUUAUCCUGGCAAGCGUCUAUCUUUCGACAAUCAACUCUGCACGGUUCGAUACCAUGGCCAAGUUCAGGGCACCAAAGGCGAAUGGCUAGGCGUAGAGUGGGAUGAUCCUACACGAGGAAAGCACUCUGGCGAACACCAAGAUAUCAAGUAUUUCAAAUGUUUCAGCAGUCAUUCAACAGCAGGCUCAUUCAUCAGACCAACCCGCAAACCAGACACCCCACGUUCCUUUGUAGAAGCACUGAAGGCAAAAUACGCCUCAGAAGACUAUGACGAUCCUAAUUUUGAAGACCCAGAUGUGCAUGUCGUCUUCGUCAUGAAAGAAGGCGACAGCAAGAAGAAAGAUCCGCUUGCAAAACUCAAUCAGCCGAUCAAGUUCAGUGGAAAAGUAGCAGAAGAAGUGGGCUUUGAUAAGAUUCGCAAACAGCUUGCGCAGUUAGAGGAGCUUAAGAUUAUCAUCUUGGAUGGGUUGUGCAUGUGGAGGCCUAACGCAAGGCUGAAAGAACAGGAAGAAGGGUGGUCAGAGGGACAGACUGAUGUCAAGGAUGCGUGCCCGAAGGCUUACGAGCUGGAUUUGAGUCGGAAUUUGUUCGAAGAGUGGAGAGAGAUUUUUUCAGUUUGCGAACAGCUUGACCGGCUAACGCAUUUGAGAGUUGAUGGAAACCGGUUCAGAGACAUGAGCUUGACUGAAGCCGAGCGAGAACGUUGUCUGAAGGCCUUUGCGAACAUCAAGAGACUAGGAAUGGAAGAAAAUCUGCUUCCUUGGGAGCAGCUUGCCGAGGUUACACAUCUCUUUCCUGUCCUCUCAACGUUUGUGGCGUCCAGCAAUCUCUACACUGCACUGACAUCUCACGAUCUCAAUUCUACCAUAACCGACCUAACGCUCGAAGACAAUCUCUUCCCUUCUCUAUCCGCUCUCCAACCUCUCACCAAAUUGCCGAAUCUUCAGCGCUUGGUCUUGAAACAGAACAAGAUAUGCGAGAUCAACGAUCCAGGAUCGCCAGCACCCGUCUUUCCAUCCACACUAUCCGAAGUCGACAUGUCGUUCAACGAGAUAACCGCAUGGGCCUUUGUCGACAAAUUGGAACAUGUCUUUCCCGGACUAACCAGCUUGCGUGUUUCGCACAAUCCGCUCUACGAGUCCCUCCAAGCCGCCGAUGGUCGCACUCUCACUGCGGACGACGGAUAUAUGCUCACCCUUGCACGUCUCGGCAAUCUCAAGACCCUGAAUUACAGCCCUAUCAACCCCAAGGAGCGUCUAAACGCUGAAUCGUACUACCUCUCGCUGAUCGCACGAGAGGUCCAGUUCGCACCUGAGCGCUUGCAAACACAGAUUCUAGAUAGCCAUCCCAGGUACAAAUGGCUGUGCGAAGAGUAUGGAGAACCCAACAUUCAGAGAUCUAAGAAUGCAGUGAACCCAAAUUCGCUCGCCGCUCGGCUGAUACGUAUCAAAUUUUGUCUCGUCGCUGGAGAGACACAGAAAGCAAAUAUCAAGUCUAAGACUUAUGAAGCAGAAAUUCCGAUGAGCUGCACAGCGUAUACGGUUCUCGGUAUCGUUGCCAAGCACUUUGACAUCAAGCCUUCGAAAUGUGGGUUGAUCUGGGAGACGGGUGAUUGGAUGUCGGCGAAUAAAUCCAUGGCCGAUCUGGGUGAGGACGACUGGAACUCUGACGACAGUGAAGAUGAGAGGGGAGCUGACAGGGUCAUGAGGGAGGUUGAUAUCGUGCCGGGGACAAGAUCUAUCGGGACGUGGAUCGAUGGUUCGGAGGCUACGGUCAGAGUCGAAAUCAAAUAG